AAAAGGCAAUUGCAAACAUUCUUCAUUCCUGAACUGUCACAGUUUCUUCUCUACGAUGGCGAAAUAUUAUCCAGAAACUCUUUUUCAUGACCUUAUUUUAGAAAAUGUGGUAAAAUUUGGCAUACGUCAGGCACUUGUUCAUGAUAAUCAAGUUAUCACUUUUGAAGAAAUCCCUCAACUGGUUUCCAAACUGGUUUACAAAUUGCUAGAGCUCGGGAUUUCUCAAGGAGACACUAUUUUGGUUUGUCUACCAAACUCCAUUUGGUACCCGCUGUUAUUUUUGUCUUGCGCAAAAAUCGGUGCAGUUUUGUCAGGAAUAAGCCAUGAGUCGACCGCGGGUGAAAUCAAGUAUAGCUUGAAGCAGAGUGGAGCUAAAUUAGUUUUUACGAAUGAAAAAGUCUCGAAGGAAAACUAUUGGGCACUUUCGGAGAAUUCUGUUGAAGUUCUUCCAGAUUCUGUAAAAACCUACAUAGACAGAAUCACAGGUCAUGAAGAUUUCCGUCCAGAAAACCUAGAUAUUGACUCAAUACUGCUUGCACCGUUUUCCAGUGGGACUACCGGAGCUCCAAAAUGUUGUCUGCUUACUCAUCGAAAUUUUUUGGCUGCCACCUAUUCAUUGAAAAAAUUUCUUUUCGACCAGCUUCUUGCUCAAAGUUCAAUGAAAACGUUAGCAUUUCUACCAUUCCACCAUGCAUCUGGAUUCUGGGCUUUGUUGAUUUGUCUUCUGGAAGGGUGUACUACGUACAUUAUGUCAGAAUUUCAUCCGAUUGUGAUGAUGGACUUAAUUGAAAAGUAUGAGAUUGACACAAUCAAUAUUGUCCCACCAAUUGCCAAUAUUUUUUUGAAAAUGGGAAUUUUGCAAGGAAGAUGUCCGAGUCUAAGAACAAUACUGUGUGGCUCAUCCGGACUUCAAAAAGAUCGUUGUAAGCGUCUACUCUCCAUUUUUCCACAAGUCACUCAUUUCAUUCAAGGAUACGGAAUGACUGAAUUAGUCGUUCUGAGUUGUGUUACCCCAUUUGAUGAUAAUUUCGAACAUUUGGGAUCUUGUGGACAUAUUCUGCCAGGCUUUGAAACAAAGCUUUUUGAACAUCCAACUGGAGAAACUGAACUUUGGUUGAAAUCCGAUGCAAUAAUGAAGGCCUAUAAGAAUGGGACACCAAAUCUCGACGAGGAUGAUUGGCUACAUACCGGGGACAUUGUAACCGAAAAAGGAGGGUUCUUCUAUGUAGUGGACAGAAUGAAGGAUUUGAUCAAAUUGAAUGGCUAUCAAGUGUCACCUACGGAAAUUGAAAAUGUAAUUCUAACCCUACCAAAAGUUGCGGAAGUAGCCGUCGUAGGAAUUGAAGACGAGCUUUGUGGACAGCUCCCAAAAGCCUAUAUUGUACUCGAGAAGAAUGCUGACGAGCUUUUAUUCUUAAAACAUUUGGAGCAUACAAUGAAAGAAAAGUUGUCUGCGGUGAAGCAGUUGCGUGGUGGAGUAUCAAUUAUAAAAGAGAUGCCAAAAUCGUCAAGUGGGAAGAUUCAAAAGAAUAGGCUAAUGUACUAUUGAAAUCACUUAACAAGAAUAUAUAUUUUCGCAUACUAAUAUGAUUACUUAAAAUUAUAAAACAAUCUAAUUAA